AUGGAAGAUAAGACCGUUCCUUUGCAGGAAUUCAUGUCAACUGCUCCCACAGCAGAGGGGGUCGCACAAGGAUUGGGUCGCAAUAGAAGGCGAGAAGCUGCCGAAUUUAGCAACGACAGCUUCAACGACAAUAACGACAGCGACGGCAUCUACUUCUACGGCAACUUCAAUGACAAAAACACCAGGCGCGCCAACUUCAACGGCGAGAAAAACUCCGAGGCUGUCAACUUCGUUGACAGUAUCUCCAAUGACGGCAGCUCCAGCAACUGCAAAUGCCACGAUUAG